GCCGUCCUUCACCCGCCUCCACGCAGUUCAGCCUUCGAAUCACAGCCACCAUGUCUCCCAACCCCGAAGAUUUUAGCCAGACGACGCUGACGUCCGAGAAGACAUCUUUCGACGAGCCCAGGCAGCCCGUUACGGUCCCCUGUCUUUUCAACGAUGCCGCCUUGUACAGGAAGGUGUUGGCGGAAACUCCAGACGGAGAGGAGCACAUUUCUCCGCCACCGGUGCAGAACCCUGCGCUCCGGAGUGUGCAGGAUUUCGCCCAACUUGUGGGAGACGACCUCCAGCCACUGGAACAAGACGUGGUCGGCCGCUUCGCACAGCUGGCGGCGGAGAACUGGGACAUCCAGGAGGGCGACCGCGAGGAAGGUGCCGUCCUCACGGAGGAGCCUGCCACGUUGACGGAUGACGAGCGAAAGAAGCUCACAGGAAGUCUUGAAGAACUUGGGCUAGACCAGCCGUCCUCCAAAAAGCCAGCUAUACCAGCGGAGGGGACCCAGCUUAGUCCCGAAUACGUUCUUGCGCUCCUGAUCGAGGAAUUCGGAAGUUUGGCCCCCGAAGGAGAGGAGAAGCUCAUCCUUGAGGCAGACGGAGCAGUUAUACAGGACGUGGUGAUACUUGGCGUGAUCCAUGUCACGACUCACAGGAUCGCCUUUCAUGCCUCUCUCCCCGCGUUUGACCCGACUCAACCUUCUGAGGGGGUGAUCAGAGUGGGCCCAGCCCUCGUGCAUCGCAAGGGAUGGCAUCGCAGGCGGCGGAUAUGGCUCGAGCUGUCUAAUGAUUUCAUCUGCGGUUUUCCAUCCGCUCGUGAAGAAGACCGCAUACGUCCUCUGAGAAGCCUUAUGCUGUCAUCCAUAGUGGAAGUGCUCCCGGAGGAUCCCAAGGAGCCCAGAGCACUCCGGACGCGCUUGGACGGUAAAUCAGAAAUCUCAGCGUCGUACCUGGAGUUUGAUACGUUGGAGUCUGCCCGCGAAUGGCGGAGAGAACUACAAGCCGCCAUAUUUUUUGUUAAGCGGAGGAAACGCUCUAUGUUCAGCCAUUCAGACUCGGAAGAUAUCGAGGGCGUUCGCGUGAACAUCCCAUUGCAUCACAUCAGAACGCAGAGACAUCGUAUACAUGCCGCACUCCCAGUCCUCUCACUUACCAUUGAUUCUCCACCGGCGGCUUCGAAUGACGAGGACUCGCAUCAAGUUAUUGACUUGGCGAGUUUCAGGUUAACCGAAGAAUGCGUGAAACGGUUAGAGUCGCUGACACGUCAGGCGCGAGAGCGCGCGAAGGAGGACACUGCAAUCUUCAUUGAGCGCCCUGUGGUCAUUGACUUAGGGGUUGUCGACAAGCGGAGCGAAUCGAAGUCUAGCGUAGAGGACAUGACGAAGGCUAAGACGAAAGAGCAAGAAGUCUGCGAUGUCUUGGCUAUCGACAAUGGACCGGAUGUCUGGGUCUCCCGAGCUUCCGUGGCUUAUACAAUAACCACUUCGGGCUACGUCGUCAUCUCUCCUCAGUGGUUAGGUUUCUGGAGCAAGUCUCUGGCGUCGCGCGACGUACGCUACCGCCUUCCAACUGCGACGAUUCGUACCGCGAAUCCUAUAGACUUUCCUAUUCGUGGAGUGCCUGUCAACGGUGUACAAUUCGAGAUUGAAGGCCAUUCGAAUCUCGGUUUCCGUUUCCGCUCUCAGUCAGCCAGAGACGAAGCAAUACGACGUGUGUCGGAGAUUAUAUCCCGGCGCAGUCGGACGCCAUCUCUCUUGAGUGCCACGCUGCCGAUCUCUGCGAGCACCACAGGUACAAACGACACAAGCCUCUCCGACUCGCGACCACCACCGACCACCUCGCCUCGUAUCGGGGAAACCACCCGCUCGCAGAGCUCGAUUCUCUCCCCACUCUCGCGCCAAUUCAAAGACGCGCGCAAGCGUAUUGACCAACGCAAGAUGCUCGAGUUUCCAAAGGCGAUCAACGCACCGCCCGGUCAGCUCGUGCGCAUGCCUUCGAAACAUUUCGUUUGCUUGACCAUUGGCUCGCGGGGUGACGUGCAGCCGUACAUCGCCCUCGGGCUUGGCCUCAAGGCGGAAGGUCACCGCGUGACAAUCAUCACACACGACGAGUAUAAGGCCUGGAUCGAAGGUUUUGGAUUGCAGCAUCGCGCUGCGGGAGGUGACCCUGGAGCUCUCAUGCAACUCAGCGUAGAAAACAAGAUGUUCUCGCCGCAAUUUUUCAAGACCAGUCUCAGUAAUUACCGAACAUGGCUCGAUCACUUGCUUCUUGACUCGUGGGAGCACUGUUCAGACGCGGACGCGCUGCUCGAGAGUCCAUACGCCAUUGCAGGCGUGCACAUUGCCGAGGCCCUUCAUAUACCCUACUUCCGUGUGUGCACGAUGCCUUGGACGAAGACGACCGAGUUCCCGCACCCAUUCAUCAGUGGACCCGUGGAGACACCAACAUUCAAUAGCAUGUCAUUCGUGCUGUUCGAUAAUAUCUUCUGGGCUGCGACUUCGUCGCAGGUCAACCGCUGGCGGAAGGAAUCUUUGCACCUGGAACCGACUGUCAUGAGCCACACAGCGCAGUCCAAGAUUCCCAUCCUGUACAACUUCUCGUUGGCUGUUGUCCCGAAACCACUGGACUGGAGCGACGGCAAGAUCAUCUGCGGCUAUUGGUUCCUGGAUAACCCCGACCUUGAGUGGACGCCUCCUGAGUCCCUGCUUGCGUUCAUGAAGCAAGCGAGGGCUGACGGCAAGCCGCUCGUGUAUAUUGGCUUCGGGAGCAUCACUGUCCCGGACCCGCACACGAUGACCGAACAUAUUUACCAAGCGGUCCAGAAAAGUGAUGUCCGUGCCAUCCUUUCGAAAGGGUGGUCUGGCCGGAUGCACAAGCAGACUGUGCCAGAGCUUGCUGUUCCGAAGGAGUGUUAUGUGGUGGAUAAGAUACCACACGACUGGCUGUUCCCGCAGAUAGAUGCGGCGAUACAUCACGGCGGUGCUGGGACGACUGGGGCGAGUCUCAGAGCCGGUAUUCCCACCUUCAUCAAGCCGUGGUUCGGUGAUCAAUUCUUCUGGGCAUCCAGAGUACAAAGACUCGGAGCUGGUCAUCGGGUUCCAAGUCUUCGCGUAAACGACCUUGUUACUGCCUUGAAGAAAGCAACAACCGACAGGAUCAUGAAGGAGAAAGCUAAUAUUGUAGGACAAAAGAUUCGUAGCGAAGACGGCGUGGCGACAGCAAUCCACUAUAUCUAUACCUAUUUUCCGCGGGCAUACAGCGACGGUCUUAGUCCCCAGUAGAGUCUAUCUAUUAACGGACAACACCUGUAGCAAUGUACAAUAAUCUGUAGAGAAUGUUAGCCACAUAUACUACCCCACAUUCCGGCACAGGCCUCGCAUCGGCAGGAGUCCCACGUGCGGCUUCGUCUUUGACCACUCGACGAGGUUACUAUCGCCUUCCGUGCCUCGAACCGCGAGCGGCUGAGGCAUGCAGCAGCGGCACGCGGGUUCCAUGAGGGCGGAAAAGACCGCUCUCCAUGGAUCGACCGUCGUCCCGUGCUGUGGACCCUGGCUCUCGCCAAGGUGAAAAUCGCAAAGUGCGGCCGAGGUGAGAACCAGGUGGCAGGCAGCAUGUAAGGCAAUCAAAGCGUCUUCGCAUCAAUAAGACCGGCUGUUGACAUCUAUACGGUCGCGCUUUCGUUUCAGAGAGAAGACCGGGUCCU